CUGGGUACCUAGUCUCUGUGCAGUGAGUGCACUUUGACCUCAGAUUAGUAUGAGCACACAGUGAGGGCGCUGUGAGGUUACACUUUUAGCUCACUGUUACCUCACAUUGUGACCUCAUCACGAGUAUCCUGUGAGCUCAUGGUGACAUCACUGUGAGAUCAAAUUGUUGACUGGGGAAGAACAUGAGGUUUUACAGAUGGAGAAAACAGCCAGAACACAACACUCACAAGACACUCCAAUCGACUGCAAUGACAUCUUUAAAGCCUCACCUGAACCAAAAUGUGAGGAGAAAGACCAAAUCAAGACUGUUCUUACUAAAGGUAUUGCUGGAAUAGGAAAAACCGUCUCUGUGCAGAAGUUCAUUCUCGACUGGGCCGAGGGAAAAGCCAAUCAGGAGGUAGAUUUCAUGUUUGUGCUUCCAUUUCGAGAGCUAAACUUGAUCCGAGAUCAUCAGUACAGUCUUCACAGACUUCUGCUGGACUUUCAUCCUGAACUUCAAGAUCAGGACUCAAAGAUUUAUGAGGAGUGUAAAGUUUUGUUCAUCUUUGAUGGUCUGGAUGAAAGCAGAAUAACACUGAUGUUUUCAGAUGAUCAGAAAGUUUGUGAUGUGACUGAGACUUCAUCAGUGGGUGUGUUGAUGUCAAACCUCAUGAAAGGAGAUCUGCUUCCCUCUGCUCUCAUCUGGAUCACCUCCAGACCAGCAGCAGCCAAUCAGAUCCCCUCCAAAUACAUCAACCAGCUGACAGAAAUUCAGGGAUUCAAUGAGACUCAGAAGGAGGAAUAUUUCAGGAAGAGAAUCAGUGACCAACAUCAAGCCAGCAGAAUCAUCUCACACAUCAGAAGAGCAAGAAGCCUCCACAUCAUGUGCCACAUCCCAGUCUUCUGUUGGAUAUCAUCCACUGUGCUUCAGAAGCUCCUGAAAGAAGAUGUAAGUGCUGAAAUCCCUCAAACUCUGACUGAAAUGUACAUCCACUUUCUGCUGAUUCAGAUCAACAUGAGGAAACAGAAGUAUGAAGAGAGAGAUCCAGAGAAACUCCUGCUGUCCAACAGAGAAGUGAUUGUGAAACUUGCUGAAGUGGCUUUCAAACAGCUGAUGAAGGGCAAUGUAAUGUUCUAUGAGGAGGACCUGAUUGAGAGUGGCAUAAACGUCACUGACGCCUCAGUGUAUUCUGGGAUUUUCACUGAGAUCUUUGAGGAGUCUGUGAUUCAUUGGAAGAAAGUCUACAGUUUCAUUCAUCUGAGUGUCCAAGAGUUUCUCGCUGCUCUCUAUGCAUUUUACCAUUAUGUAAUUAUACAUAUUGAUACACUGCAGUUUUGUGAUGUAAUACAUAAUCUGCAUAGAGAUGCAGUAAAUACGGCCCUUGAGAGUGAGAAUGGACAGCUGGAUCUGUUCCUGCGGUUCCUGCUGGGCGUCUCACUGGAGUCCAAUCAGAGACUCUUACAGGAUCUACUGACACACACAAAGAACAGCUCAGAGAGCAUCAGGAAAACCACACAAUACAUUAAAGAGAAGAUCAAAGGUAUAUAUGGACUCUCCACUGAACGAUCCAUCAAUCUGUUCCUCUGUCUGCUGGAAGUGAAAGAUCAUACUCUGUCCAGAGAGAUUCAGGAGUUUGUGAAAUCAGACAAACACUCAGAGAAGAAACUCUCUCCUGGUCAGUGCUCAACAAUCGCCUACAUGCUUCAGAUGUCAGAGGAGCCGCUGGAUGAGCUGGACCUCAAGAAAUACAACACAUCAGAUGAGGGGAGAAGAAGACUGAUACCAGCGCUGAUCAACUGCAGAAAAGUUCUUCUUGCUGACUGUAAUGUCACUACUCAGGACUGUGAAAUUGUGUCAUUAGCUCUACGAUUCUCAAAUUCUGUCCUGAGAGAGCUGGAUCUGAGUAACAAUGACCUGCAGGAUUCAGGAGUGAAGCUGCUCUCUGAUGGACUGAAGAGUCCAAACUGUCAGCUGGAGAUACUGAGGUUGUCUGGCUGUAUGGUGACAGAGGAAGGCUGUGGUUAUUUGUCUUCAGCUCUGAGUUCAAACCCCUCACACCUGAGAGAGCUGGAUCUGAGCUACAAUCACCCAGGACAAUCAGGAGUCCAGCUGUUCAAACACAAACUGGAGGAUCCAAACUGCUCACUGCAGACACUCAAUUUGGACCAUGGAGGACAUUUCCGGAUCAUACAAGGACUGCGAAAAUAUGCCUAUGAUCUCACACUGGAUCCAAACACAGCACACACUCAACUCAUCCUCUCUGAGGGGAACAGGAAGGCAACAUAUGCAGAAGAGAAGCAGCCAUAUUCUAACCAUCCAGAGAGAUUUGAGCACCAGGAGCAGGUCGUGUGUCGAGAGAGUUUGACUGGACGCUGUUAUUGGGAGGUUAAAUGGAAUGGAUGGGGUCAUACAGCAGUGACAUAUAAAGGAAUCAGUAGGAAAAGUGGGAUUGACUGUUGGUUUGCACUCAGUGAAAAAUCCUGGAGUCUUUACUGUUGUGAUAAGAUUUACUCUGCCUGGCAUAAUAAUAAGAGCACUGAUGUAUCAGCCCCUUCAUCCCGUUCUAACAGAAUAGGAGUGUAUCUGGACUGGUCGGCUGGCAUUAUGUCCUUCUACAGUGUCUCUGACUCACACACACUCACGCCCACACACAUAUACACAUUCAACACCACAUUCUCUGAACCACUCUAUGCUGGAUUUAAGGUUUAUUCUAAUUCAUCAGUGUCUCUCAUGUAAGAUCUCCUGUAAUGAACACAGAGACACAUAACC